UGUGAGUGAGUGAGAGAGACAUUUAAAGGGAGAAACAUAAGAGAAGACACAGAGAGAGGUUGAGGUUGGGGUUUUCGGGGUGAGAAGGGGACAUGUUUUUACACAGUGAAGAAUCGAAAUAGUGGCAUGGAAGAAGGGGUUCGAAUGCUGAGGAACCUCAUCGCUCAGCUUCAGUUUCUGUUGGACCUUUCUCCUUCUUCCAUCCUUCAGUCUUCUCUUCCACCAAAUCACACUCAUCAUCCUCUACCCUUGCAGCAACGCCCCAGAUGGUCCUUUUUUGACACUGAUGAUAACUCCGCGGAUGACUUCUGUGGCCUUGUAAUGGCAGCUAGAAAGUCUGGAAGUUUCAGGAUGAUGGAGCCUCUAAAGCAUCCGUGUACUAAGAAGUCUCGAGGAGAUAGGAGCAUGUCAAAAUCAUCUGGAAAUUCCUCUAUGACUGAAGUUAUGGAGCGACAAAUUUGGAAAGAUUUUCCUGAAGAUCUAUUUGAAGCUGUGAUUGUACGACUUCCCAUUGCCACAUUUUUCCGCUUCCGCUCUGUAUGCCGGCAAUGGAAUUCCUUGCUGACUUCUCAAAGUUUCUCUUGGCAUUGUGCGCAAGUCCCUCAAGCAAAACCAUGGUUUUACACCAUAACUGAUGAAGAAGUGAAUUCAGGAGCCAUGUACGACCCUUCUAUGAAAAAAUGGUAUCAUCCCAUUGGAUCAACACUGCCCACAAAGCGGACUGUUUUACCAGUGGCUUCUGCUGGGGGUCUAGUUUGCUUCCUUGACAUAGGUCAUCGAAACUUCUAUGUCUGUAACCCACUGACAAAAUCCUUCAAGGAGUUGCCAGCUGCAUCAGUUAAUCCUUGUGUUGCUGUAGGGAUGACACUAAAUGGGAACUCAGCUGGUGCAGGCUACAAGAUCCUAUGGGUGGAUUGUGAUGGAGAAUAUAAAUUUUUUGACUCAGUAAGAAAAUCUUGGAGCUGUCCAAAAAACAUGCCUGCAGGUAUUAAGCUUCCGUUUCCACUCAACUUUAGGUCACAAGCUGUUUCUAUUGACAGUACCCUUUAUUUUAUGCAUUCAGAUGCAGAAGGGAUUGUUUCCUAUGAUAUGGAAACUGGGGUUUGGAAACAGUACAUAAUCCCAGCGCCAUUGCAUCUGACCGAUCACACAUUGGCCGAGUGUGAUGGCCGGAUUAUGCUUGUGGGGUUGCUCACAAACAAUGCUGCCACGUGUGUAUGCAUAUGGGAGCUGCAGAAGAUGACGCUUUUGUGGAAGGAGGUUGACAGAAUGCCAAAUGUAUGGUGCUUGGACUUCUAUGGGAAGCACGUUAGAAUGACUUGUCUGGGAAACAAAGGUUUACUCAUGUUGUCCUUGAUGUCAAGACAAAUGAAUUCGUGGGUUACUUACAACAUAGCAAGUAAGGAAUGGGUCAAGGUUCCUGGGUGCGUGGUGCUACUUAGAAGAAAAUGGCAAUGGUAUGGUACUGCAUUUCAUCCAUGCCCGACUGCAAUUGCUUGAUUUUGCUUGUAUGGUACAGCAAUGGCCUGGGAAUCUGCUGGCCUUAGGUGUUGAUGUAGUAACGACAAUGUUCAUUUCUGGUUUAACAAAUCAGAUGGGAAAUGAUAUGGGUUUGUAGUGAUUUAUGUUUUUCAUGCUCUCAAGCAUUUCAAGACGUUUUCUUUGUAUAUGAAGACAGAAAAUAGGUAUGGUUUUCAUUUUUCUUUCCAUUGAUGUUUUCAAGCAGGAUGGUCCUAACUGGGUUCGAGUUACCAACAAGAAUUUAGACUUGAGCCGAAAUUCAUUCAAAAUUUAGGCCGCUUGAACCAAGGUAGAGGCAUAGCAAGAGUCUUAAACAUUGUUAACCAGGCCUCUCCCUUAAAGACAGGAAUCUACAAAUAUGUUUUUUUUA